CACCACAGUCCAGCUGUAGCCGCCGACGCAAACAGACGUGAAAAAGGGCCGAACAAACAAUAAAUAAAGACGAGAUAAUCGUAUUUUGUAUUUUUAUACCGAAUUACAAACAAAGACGGCAAGAUGACUGAUUUGCGCAACGAAAUGGACAGCGACUUGGAUCAGAACUAUUCGCUAAACAGCAAUGCGGAUCCCAAGAACAUGCAGGAGUUAACCAUUUACGUACAAAAUCUUUUGCAGAAUGUGCAAGACAAAUUCCAGACGAUGUCGGAUCAGAUAAUCACACGUAUCGAUGAUAUGGGCAAUCGCAUCGAUGACUUGGAGAAGAGCAUCGCCGAUCUGAUGAAUCAGGCGGGCGUCGAGGGGCCGGGACCCGAGAAAUGAAAUUCGCUAAAUGUCGCAACCUGAAACUGAAGCCAGGGAUAACGCCAAAAAAAAACGUUGAAGCGCUAGCCACGCCCAUAAAUCAUAAUGAUGGCAUCCCACACACACGCAUAUACAUCGAACACCCCCUCACUCAUACACACACACGCACUUUAAACUAGACAAUUUCGAUGCACUACAAUUGCAAUUGCUCUCAAACUGUAUACACACACUCAUUUUGCUCAUUUUUUGCAUAGUUUUAAGUUGUCAAGAAAAAAAUGAAAACAAAAGAAAAACUUAAUUUAAGUGCAUUUCAUAAAACGAUUGUUUUCGAUUAGUUUUGUUUUUAAUACAAAUUAAACUAUUGAGAAGAUUGUACACACACA